AUGGUAGCCUUGACAGCCAUUAUAGUCCUUUCUGUUGUCAUUUUCAUCAUCUGCAUCAUAUUCAACGCACUUGCUGGACCGGGAACUGGUCCUUUUCGGAACAACACUGGAGCGAUAUCAGAUAAAUACAAUACAGAAAUCACUCCCUCGGGAUGGACCUUCUCAAUCUGGGGUGUCAUCUACACUUGGCUGUCACUCAUGCAUGUUUACAUCCUCACCACUACCUGCAGGAGGACUGUUUAUGGUCCAAUGUACUGCAGUCCUGCUGUGUUGCCAUAUGGAUUCUUCAUAACCUGGAUUGUAAACAUGCUGCUAAAUAUAAUCUGGCUUCUUCUGUGGGACAGACAGGUGAUGAUUGCUGCAUUCAUUAUCCUUGCCUUGAUUGCCUUCACAAACUAUUUGCUGAUAAUCUUCUCCUGUCAUGGACUCAAACAAUAUGGAGCCUGGUUAAACAAAUAUCACAAAGUAGACCUCUGGUGCAUACGGAUAUUGGUUCAGAAUGGCAUUGCAACAUACACAACAUGGACAACAAUUGCCACUCUGAUUAACUUCACUGUUGUGCUGAGAUAUGAUGCUGGAAUGACCCAGUCAGACCCAGUGAUGAUCAGUCUCUCUCUCUCUAUUCUUUUGGGUGAAGCUAUUUCUUGGUUCAUUGUUGAGAACUUUGUGUUUGAAAAGCACCUGCGAUACAUUCUGACAGUCUACCCUGUUGUUAUUGUGGCCUUGAGUGGAAACAUGACCAAGAACUUUAAAUCUGCAGAUCCAAGCCGCAGCGGCAUUUACAUAGCUGUUUUACUGGGGUUGACUUGUACACUAUUUGCGAUCAAAGUGUUGCUGGUUAUAUGGAGGCACAUUAAACAUCCUCUCUACAAAGGCAUGAAUGUAGAGGAGGCGAUAUCACCAAUGGAAAUUGCUGAAAAGCAGAAGAAGAUCUUCACUUAA